AUGUCGCCAAUGGUGUCUAAGAGCUUCGGAUUUCCACAGGAGAACUUGCGGGCAAGAGCUCAGUACCAGGGACUGCGUGGCGUUGGGAACGUCACAACUUUCCUACUGACAGACAUUACCUUGACAGAUCCCACAGCGGCCGCUGCACAAAUUCUGGAGUGUGUGACGCAGCUGCAAGGCGAUCCAUGGCUAAGGUCCGUGUUGCUGAUUUCAAACUUUCUGCAACGCAGGGCUCUAAAACAACUUCGCGGUAUUGGAUGUCUGUCGGUUCAGUACUAG